AUGCUGGAGAAGGAGCUUAGUCGAAGCCAGGAGGAUUGGAAGUACAUUCCUCAACCACCAUACCCAGCAAGCUUACUCCAGCAGCCCUAUCCCAGAGGUUACGAAACGCCAACCUUUGUUCUUUUCGAUGGGAGGAAAGGAAGCCCAAAGGAACAUUCAACCGAUUCCUUGAUGCUUUGGGGCCACACGCCGCACGAGGAGAGGGUCACCACCAUGCAGCUCAACAACACUCGCCAAAAGCAAGGAGAGGAUCCCAUGGACUUUGUGAGAAGGCUCCGGGACUUGGCUCUCGAUUGCUAUGACGAAAAGGAUGAAGAGGCACUUGUUGAGAUUUGCAUCAGCAACAUUGUAGCAGACUAUAGAGUGUACUUGGAAAAUAUUGGCAUCAAUCAAUUUUCCCGGCUGCUGGAAGCAGUAAGAAAGACGAGCAUGUCUGUCAAACCGGCUGGACAAAGAAGUUGGAGGAGUAAGAAGAAGGAAUCACAUCAGACGUUAGCCACAGAUGAUAAGCCAUCUAAUGACUACAGUGCACGCAAACAAAAGGAUAGGGAGACAUACCCGCCAUUACCUUGCAAAGAUGAAGAGUUUCAUGUAAUCCUCGACACGAUGAUUGCUGACAGCGCAAUCAAACCCCUCAGGCCCUACAAGGUUCCCACUAGGGAAGAAAAGAGUGAUCCCAGAUAUUGCCGCUACCACCAGUUUGUAGGACAUCCGACCACCGCUUGUCAAAGUUUAAGGAGGAUCUUACAUCGCAAAAUACAUGAGGGAGUUCUUGAGCUUCCCUCUAGGAAGCAAACUAUUGAUGAAGACCCUUUGCCAAAACGAAGGGGGAAAGAGACAGCUGCUGUUGUUACAUGUUCAGAUGAUUUGCUCGAUGAUGACGAAUUGUGCCACCCAUGGAAGGAUGAUCCGAAGCCACCAGAGGCUAUUUGGGAGCCUUGUAGAAACAUGGAUAAAGCUUACUGGUGCAAAUACUCGAAACCAUCAAGCUACGACAUGCCAUGGCCACUCGCUGAUGGAUGGGAUGGCUGUGCAGACAAUGGAGUGUUCAUGUUGGACAUGCCGGAAGAGCAAUGCCAGGGAGCCUCGUCCCGACAGCAGGAAACGGCUACUGUGACAUUUCACACUCUUACAGAAGCUGAGGCGAAUGUAAUGGAGCGAUAUAUAGGCUUGAAGCAAGGACCCACAGCUUCACAAGUCCUCCAGAGGAAUCCAAGAGUUAAGUCGCUCUUUGACCAACUUGGUUUCGGGCCUCAAGCGAGGGAAGCAGCUGCUGUAGCCCUCAUGAAUAUUUCUGCAGAAUCCAACCCCCAUUGCUUCACUGCUCAACCUCAAAGGUCAUUCUUGGAAAAUGACAAUGUUAUUGUUUUCACAGAUGAAGACAUGAAAGUUCCAUACCCGGAUCAUAGAAGGCCACUCUACCUGGAGGGGCAGGUCAAUGAUGUGUUUAUACGGAGGGCUUUGGUAGACACGGGCUCUUCUGUCAACAUUUUGCCUUUGUUUGUACUUACAGCAGCUAGUAUUCCACUAUCCAAGAUCGUGCAGUCCCAGACGAGCAUUAGCGGUUUUGGGAAUCAAAGUGAAGUUACAGUUGGAUACAUGCAAGUAAAUUUGAAGGUAGGGCCAAUCCGGUCACUUACCAAGUUCUAUGUGGUGGACGUAGAUGUGGCUUAUCACGCUUUGCUGGGAAGGCCAUGGCUCAACAAGCAUAAACUUGUGGUCUCUACUUACCAUCAAUGUGUAAAAGGGAGGAUUGGGCUAAGGCCACUUCGUAUACCUGGGAACCAAGCACCGUUCAACCAAAACGAAGCUCACUACUCCGAGACAGAGUUCUACACUGAAUGCACAGGCGUCGGAAGCAACCCAUCUAAGGAUUUCGGGACUUACCUGCCAUCGUGGACCGAAAUUCGUGAUCUGAGCAACAAGGAGCUCAUAACCAUCGUUGAUCGAGAAAGAAAGAGACACUCGGAGGUCAACAACCAUGCCUACGAUCAUCCUCAAUGCUCAAAGGUGACGCUGCCAGAUGGGCGCACUGUAUACCGCUUAUGA